UGUGACGUCAUCGGCUAAUCCCACCCAGGAGCGUGUCGGCUCAGUGCGGAGUCAUGAAAGUGUUUGUAAACAACUCUGUCAGAAGGCGAAGCAAACUGGAGUCGGACCCGGACCAUUUCCCACACAUAUCCCUGAGUGUUAACACAUCCUCUAAAGUGUCCCUAAUCUUGGGAUAUGAAGGGUGUUUGAGUACACACUCUCUCAGUGUCUUCAAGCCGACAGGAUGACAACACCAGUGACUAAAUCGAAGCUGUUGCAAUAGUUGUAGCAUUCUGGUUGCAGAACAUCAAGAUCCCUUUCAGUACCUGUGCCCUGCUCACCUGUUGAGUUAAGAUGCCUUGGCCAUUUUCUGAGUCUAUCAAGAAGCGGGCAUGCAGGUACCUCUUGCACCGGUACCUUGGCAACUUUCUGCAGGAAAAGCUAAGCCUGGAUCAGCUCAGUUUAGACCUUUAUCAAGGCACUGGGUCCCUUGCACAAGUGCCACUGGAUAAAUGGUCCCUCAAUGAGCUCCUUGAGACAGCAGAUGCCCCUUUUGAGGUAAUCGCAGGGUUUAUCCAGACAAUUUCUCUUACUGUCCCAUGGGCAGCCCUGCUACAGGAAAACUGCGCCCUAGAGGUCAAGGGUUUGGAGAUGGUGCUCAGACCAAGGCCACGAGUGGCAUCUGGUACUGAGCCAAUGUACUGGUCCAGUUUCAUGACCAGUAGCAUGCAGCUUGCCAAAGAAUGUCUGAGCCAGAAACUCACUGAUGAUAUGGGAGAAAGCUUCCAGCCUUUUGAAGGGUUAGAGAAGUUUGCAGAAACUAUAGAGACAGUUCUGAGAAGAGUUAAAGUGACAUUUUUGGAUACUGUUCUCCGAGUCGAGCACAUUCCAGAAAAUUCGAAAACUGGAAUCGGUCUUGAGGUUCGAAUCAACAAGAUUGUUUACUGCGAUGAGACAGGCGAAGAGAGUUCUAAUGUGAACGUGCACCAGCCGACAACAUUUGCACAUAAAAACUUGCAGAUGGAAGGCAUCACCGUGUUUUGGGAUGAGUUUUCAGAUGUGUCCCGUGUUGGCUGUAAAUCUUCACCCACUCAAACGGAAACCGAGCCAAAACUCUCGCCUAGCUGGAAUCCCAAAAUAAUAUGUGAGCCUCACCCCCAGUUCACAGAGCCGGUAUCCUCCACAACACCGUUUGAACCAGUGCAGAUUGGGAGCCUCGGUGGUAAAAUUGAGUUAUCCCUCACUCUGAAAAACAACCUAGCUAUGCCUGGAGCAAAGCUGGAUGUUGUUGGACAUAUUGAUACACUUAUUAUUCUGCUGUCCCCGCGGCAAGUUCAUCUUCUUCUGGACUUGUUUGGAGCUUUCUCUGGUGGAGCUGCACAGGAAUGGGCAAAGGAUAGAAAGAGCCGACCCAUGCAGCAGGAGGAUGAGUAUCGGCUCCACAUGGAACUGAACCGCUGUCUGAAGAAGGAUAGUGCUGUUCCAGGAUCAGACCCUGACCUCUUUGAGAGCCAGACCACCAGAACCGUGUCCAGUCGAGAUGACGUGUUCUUCUCCAUGGCGGAUAUGGACAUGUCUCACAGCUUGUCAUCCCUCCCUCCUCUGGGUGAACCACCCACCGUUGACUUGGAUUUGUCACUUAACAGCAACUACUCUGCCUCCCCGGGAGAAUCUCCUUCUGGGAAUGCAACAGGUCUGUGGGAUGAUUACAUGGAUGUACCUCGACAAAGAGAAAAGCAGACUAAUGAAACUCCCUUCCAGUCGAGGGAUUCACAACUCCCUCAAAAAUUACUGAGACAGAACUCCCAUCCAUCCAAAACACACGGGGAUGAGUCGAGGCCAGAGCUGGUGCUCAAGCUGACUCUGAGUAGUCUGGCUGUCUCAGUCCUCCACAUCGACCCGCUGCCACCUCCAGACGCUGCUCCCAGUCCACUCGGUCCGAUGGCGGCACACUUCUUCAGCAUGGUGGGCCCAGGCGGCCUGGCACCAGCUGCUUUUAUUCAGUCUCGGACCAUGUUUAACCAGGCCUGCCCCCAUGACCACCUCAGGUUUGUUGGCCAGGGCCUGAAGAUAAACUACGAGCACUGUCAGGGGUCCAGUCUGCGGACUUUCAGCACUGACGUCUCCCUUAACCAGAUGGAGUUUCUGGAGUGUCUGUUCCCCUCGGAGACUGUCUUCGGUGGCUCCCAAAGAGGCAUUCAGUACACUGAGCUCCUGACAUUUGACACCCCGUCCAGUGCUGAAGUACCACUCACCACCUGCCUUCACCUGCUCUACAAACAGGCUGAGCGCAGAGGCCCUCAGGGAGGCCAGGUUCGCCUCAGCACCAUCCCCAGGAAAGCUGAGAUCCAGGUGGAGCUGGGCCCCGUGCGCUCUGAGCUCGACAUUAGCAUCGUGGAUCGACUGAAUUCUUUACUGCAACCUCAGAAGCUGGCAACUACAGAGCUGAUGGCCUCCCAUUUAUACACAUCAUAUAAUAAACAUGUCAGCUUGCAUAAGGCCUUUACAGAGGUCUUCCUUGAUGACAGCCAUACUCCAACCAACUGUCACAUAUUGCUGACUGUCAGUGCCCCGAUGCUUGGCCUUGCAGUCCGCUUCCCCAUCCCUGACCUGCGCUCGGAUCAGGAGAGAGGGCCCUGGUUCAAGAAGUCUUUGCAGAAGGAAGUUCUCAUCCUGGAGCUGGAGGACCUGGAAAUGAAAACAGAAUUCAUGGGUGGCAGCUCACCGGACCAAACCAAGAUGGAGCUGACCUUCAGAGAGCUAAUUUGUAAGUUUCAGGAGGAGCCCGAUCAACAAGCAGCCCGUUUCCUCAGAGUAUCACACACCAUGGACGGAGACAUGACAACAUCUGAAAGUGUCAAAUUUGAUUGGCCGAGGGUUGUGCUGAAGAUGAACCCCACUGCGGUCCACUCCAUUCUUGAGCGGGUGACGGCUGAAGAUGACGAGGGGGCUGAGGACCAUUCUCUAGAAGAGGAGGAGGAGGAAGGGGCCGCUCAUUCACUGAAGGACGUGUGCGACUUUGGGAAACCGGAACCAUCACCCUUUUCAUCACGAAGGGUUAUGUAUGAGAAUGAAGAGAUGGUUAUUCCUGGCGAUGUCGCAGAGAUGACGGAGUUUCAGGAAAAAACCAUGAACAACUCUCGCUUAAUUCUUGAGUUGUGUUUCCCCAAUGUGCAGUUAGUUCUUCCCAACAAGACAUUCUAUGAAAAACUACAUAACAGGAUAAACAAUGACCUGCUGCUGUGGGAGCCCACUGCUCCUUCUCCAGUUGAGACGGUGGAAAGCAUGCCCUAUGGAGUCGGACUCUCUGUUGCCAGUCAGCUGAUCAACACUUACUCCAAAGACAGCUUCAGCCAGUUCCGCGCCACUGGUCCCGAGGAUGAGACCAGUGGCUCUGAGGAGGAGACCAUGCACUACUACUGUCCUGCGUCUGACCUCGGCCCCAGGUCUCGCAAGAAGAAAAAACCCAAAUCCCAGAGUAAGACCUCUCAGAGCUUGUUCUCUGUCGUCCUCAGUGUCAAUCAUGGCCUUGUGGCUCUCCAGACUAAUGCAAAGAAGGAGGAUAAAACUGUGCUGAAAAACAAACAUGGCGAGUUCUGGCUGGAGGUGAAGAAUGCUGUGCUCUUCAGUGUGACGCAGUACGAAGGCUAUAAAGAUCAACACUACAUCUGCUUCCACACUAGUAAUGUCUGCAUGUAUCAUCAAGGACUUCUGGAUGGAGGCACCUCCGUCUCAGAAAUCAAGUUACCAUACAGGACACACCCACACUGGUUAGAGCCGACUAUCUACCAAUCAGAGACAUCUCCUGAGAGAUCCUCGACACCCUCGGAGGGCAUCGGUCUGGAGGCCCGCAGCAUGGUGUCUGUCGCCGUGAAAAUCUCAUCACAGAACGCAGAACGCAAUGUCAAGGAGUUUCUGAUUGCUGUCGGAGUGAGAGGAGCCACACUCCAGCACAGAGUGGUCCCUCCCAGCCUGGGCUGGUACGACCAGAUCGUUGACUUUCUGAAUGUUUCGGAUGAGCCUGUAUUGGGUUACGCCCCUCCCACGUCCGUCACCACCCUUCAUUUACACCUGUGGAGCUGCUCCCUGGACUACAGACCCCUUUACCUGCCACUCAGAUCGCUGCUGGUUGUUGAGACUUUCAGCAUCUCCAGCAGUGUCUCAUUAGACCUCUCUUCAUCAACACUCAGGAUCAUUUUGGAUGAAGCAGCUCUGUUUCUCUCGGACAAGAGUAACGCUGUCUCCGUCAAUCUAGCACGUGACUAUGUCCAAGUGGUUGACAUGGGAACACUGGAGUUGAGGAUUACGGCAGUCAAACCUGGAGUGGAUGGAAAAUUGUCAGAGCCCAGAUUUGAGCUGCGGUGCUCCAGUGAUGUUAUUCACAUCAGAACGUGUUCGGACUCCUGCGCCGCCCUCAUGAAUCUUAUCCAGUACGUCGCCAGCUAUGGAGACCUACUGCCGCCUUCAGAGCCGGAGACCAAGCACAGCAGCACUACACAGAGAACCAAGGUGGAGUUUCCUAGCAGGCCCACAUCUCAGACCCCGCUGCUUGCUGAGACGGAACAGCAGAUGUUGCAGGAUCUGAUGAGUGAAGCUAUGGAGGAAACUGACGGGCAGCAUGCUCCAGGGCUGCAACAGAAUGGUGCACACGAGGAGCGGAAUCAGGACCAAGACGCGCCUCGCUCUGACCUGUUCUUGUUCCCAGAUGAGAGUGGGAAUUUAACCCAAGAUUUAAGCCCCACCUACCCCAUGCUUCACUCUCCUCUCAUCACUCCUGUGCCUACACUAGCCCAGGAGACCGAUGACUUUUGUAUCCUAGAGACACCAGGUUCAAGAGGAGAGGAUGUUGAUCAGGAGCCAGUGGUGAAGAAGCUUACUUCAGAAGCUGUGGAAAUCAAAGACAAUCACUUCAGCCCGCCUCUAUAUGGGAGUGACUCCAGUCGUGGAGCCGUGAACUUUCCGAUCCCAGAGGUGCGAUACCUCAUCAAAGAGAUCUCUGUCAUCUGGCACCUCUACGGGGGGAAAGACUUUAGUACUACUUACACAGUUUCACCAGCUAGAAGCCACGGGACUACACCCCAUAGCUCUCCCUCUCAAACUCCAGUGAGGCAGGUCAAGACUUCAGGACGCACAGGAGGAGGCAAAGGGAGGAACCCUGACGUCCUGAUGGAGAUACAGCUCAGCAAGUUGAGAUUUCAGCAUGAGGUUUACCCGCAGACUCAAGUGGCUUCUGGGCCGGCGAUGGAUCAUCCCGUCUCCCGGCAGGUGUUCGUUGUACAGGACUUGGAGAUCCGCGACAGACUGGCUACCUCACAGAUGAACAAGUUCCUCUACUUGUAUUCAAGCAAGGAAAUGCCCCGAAAAGCUCACUCUAACAUGUUGACAGUUAAGGCGCUGCACAUGUGUCCCGAGUCAGGCCAGGCUCCCCAGGAGUGCUGUUUGCGUGUUUCUCUGAUGCCUCUUCGCCUAAAUAUCGAUCAGGAUGCCCUUUUCUUCUUGAAGGACUUCUUUACUAGUCUUGCUACUGAAGUUGAGUUUUUUUCACCGCCUGUCCAAGAGGCUGUCUGUGUUACCACAAAAAAAGCGUCCGCUCCAGAGAUCUCCUGCAGCUUCUCCAAGCACGCCGGCAGCAGCCAGGACCCGGCCCCAAUCAUCUCAGUACCUGCUCAGAGGCGCCUGAGCCACAAUGGAUUCUCUACGCCUAGCAGGGAGAGGAACGACAUGGACACCUCUGCUGCUCCCUUCAUAGAUCAACCAAUCUUCUUUAGGGAGUUUCGAUUUACCUCUGAGGUUCCCAUUCGCUUGGAUUACCAUGGAAAACACGUUUCAAUGGAGCAGGGAACAUUUGCAGGGAUCAUCAUCGGGUUGACACAGUUGAACUGUUCAGAGCUGAAACUGCGUCGCCUUUGCUAUCGACAAGGAUUAUUAGGUGUGGAUAAGCUAUUUUCAUACGCAAUAAAUGAGUGGCUAAAUGACAUAAAGAAGAACCAGCUUCCAGGGUUAUUGGGUGGAGUGGGACCAAUCCACUCUUUGGUACAACUAGUUCAGGGAUUCAGAGACCUGGUGUGGCUACCCAUUGAGCAGUAUAGGAAGGAUGGUCGGAUAGUCCGAGGCUUUCAGCGUGGCACCGCCUCUUUUGGGACUUCCACUGCUAUGGCUGCUCUGGAGCUCACCAACAGGAUGGUGCGGACAAUCCAGGCAGCAGCAGAGACAGCAUAUGACAUGGUGUCUCCUGUCCCCGAUGAGAGGGAUAUGAAGAGGAUUAAACGGUUCUCCCAUUACAGACUGGCUCAUCAGCCUGUGGACCUGAGGGAAGGUGUAGCCAAAGCCUAUACCGUGGUAAAAGAGGGGAUCACAGACACGGCUCUGACCAUCUAUGACACAGCCACCCGGGAACACGAGCAGCGUGGGAUGACGGGGGCAGUGGGUGGAGUUCUCCGCCAGCUCCCACCAGCAGUGGUCAAACCUCUCAUAAUGGCCACUGAAGCCACCUCCAAUGUCCUGGGUGGGAUGAGGAACCAGAUUCACCCUGAUGCACGACAGGAGGAGUCUCAGAAAUGGAGGCAGGGUGAGGAGUGAUUCUGGUUGCCACGUGGUUCCUCAAACCAUGACUGUUCAGGAGCCACAACAAAUGACAUUGCAAUUUUUUUUCUUCAUGAAGACAUCUCAGAGGUGCACUAAACCCUGGUGUAAAUAAGACACUGUUCAUCUUGUGGCAAAAUUGAGCAACUGUGAUUCAGCUUGUGUCAGUUCCCUCACAGUGCCUUCAUGGUUAUCACUGCACGGUUGAUCAAAGGGAUGUGUGAAGAGUGAUGAAGAUAUGAGGCACAUUUUGUCAAUAUGUGGAGAAUUUUCAGUCGUUGGAUAAACAAUAUCAUUAAAGAUUUAAAUCAGAACAAUGAAGGAAUAGGCUGCUCUUAUGAGGCACAAACAAUAGCUCCAUUCUCAAACAGCAAUGUUUACAGAUUGUGUUGUUGUUGCGUUCUAUAUCCUAAUUGGACUAAUAUUCUAGUUAUAAUAAUCCAUCAUUUCUACAAACUGCACUGUAUGUGGACUUUGUUAUUAUUGUAUAAAAUCCUAAUGUGUAACAUGUCACGCAAAUAUGAGAACAAGCAUAAAAUCUGAAUGUGUUUUUGCUGUUAAGUUCUGCAAUCAGCACUUUUAAGUGACUACAAUGGUUACUCCGUUAAAUUAAUGAAAGAUGGGAAGGUCACCUCAAUUUUGUGAAAAAGUUUUGCAGUUUUAUUUUGAGUGGUGAUAAAUGUUUUCAAAUGCUGCUGAUGUGAAAAGUAGCUUGUAAACUUAAAAAAAAAAAUGUUUCAUUAUGUCAGUUUGCUGCUCACAUGUCACACUUUUGACAUGAACAUGUUGACUCAAAAUCUAGAAGAAAAGUCUUAAAAUACUUUUUAAUUGUAUGUUUUGAAUAUUGAUAUCUGGCUUGAAGUUGCAGAAGGUUGGUUUGCCCAUUUUGUUGUUUGUGUGGUCAGGAGAAUCUUACUUGUACAUAGGUGUACAGUUCAAGUGAUGAAUUUGUAUUAAAAGCAUGAAAGGGAAAUAAAAUCCGUGAGAGAUAA